AAGGAGAUGGUCAAACCUACACACACACACACACACACACACACACACACACACACACACACACACACACACUCUCUACAUGUGUGUGUUCAACUGGCUCUUCAAACCACAGACGAGCAGCGGCAAAUGGGAGGAACCGGCGUUUGCUCUUAGGAGCCUGCAGGAGUUACUCAAAGGGCACUUGCUGCCCUUAGAGGGGCUGCUGAGGUAAACUGACCCCCGAGGUUAAGUGGAAUUAGUUUGUUGUGGAGGAGGGGAGGAAGUUUGCGGGAGGUGGGAGGCCACGGCGAGGGUCUUGAUACUUCUUAAGAAAGAGACGACGCAGUUUGCGGGAAGAAGGGAGAAGAGCUGGAGAUGGCCACAGGAGAAAUCAGAACACUCCCAUCUGUACCUGAAGACGGGGGCAGUGACGGCUUCACUCCCGGAAGCUUCAAGGACCCCAAAAGGCUGUACUGUAAAAAUGGAGGCUUUUUCCUGAGGAUAAGGUCUGAUGGGGGAGUGGAUGGAAUCCGAGAGAAAAACGACCCCCACAUAAAACUUCAGCUCCAGGCAACCUCAGUUGGGGAGGUGAUCAUCAAAGGAGUUUAUGCUAACCGAUUUCUGGCAAUGAACAGCGAUGGGAGGCUGUCUGGAGUGAAACGAGCCACAGAGGAAUGCAAAUUCAUAGAACGCCUAGAAAGCAACAACUACAACACCUACCGCUCCAGAAAAUACCCAAACAUGUAUGUGGCGCUGAAUCGGACCGGCCAGUACAAGUCUGGGAGCAAAACCGGACCGGGUCAGAAGGCCAUUCUCUUCCUCCCAAUGUCUGCCAAGUGCUAACCAGGGAUUAGCCUGAUGUCUUCAUGGAAACAAUGAAGGAGAAGAUGUGAAGCCAACGGCCAUGUUGUUCCAUCAGCUGCACCUAAAAAUAGCUGUGACUCACAACCGUUUAUUUUUUAAACCCAGAACAUUUGAGAUAGUGUUUGACUUAAUGUUGAGUCAGCUGGCCAUAGAUAACCAACAACACAGAGCAGUCCCCUUAUUUGUCUGUUUGUGGCUGAUUAGUUAAGAAAUGCUCCCUAAUAAGCAGUUUAACUGAAAAUAUAGUUUUUUUAGUCUUUUUUUUAUUUAACAUAGUUGGUGUUUUUAUUCCAAGAAUUUAAUCCCUGACCUAAAAAUAAUCUCCAAAUGUUUUAAAACACUAAAGCAAAAGUCAGUUUCAGCACUUUGAAAGGCUUUUUAGAUUAUCCAGUGUUUUUUUGAAACCUUAAUUAAAACAAAGCAGCAGUUCUGACAUAAUUAUAUGUACAGGAGUAUUUUAUUUGUAUAAUAUGAAACUUGCAUUAAGAGGUAGUUUAAUUUAUAAAUGUAGGCUAAUUAUAAUCAGUUGGCUUAUUAAGUUGCCAUAAUAAUAGAUAUUUUAUACCAGCCAAGUUUGUUUAGCUUAGUUGUAACAUUUUCCAUUAGUUAACUAGCUGGAUUUAGUCCUUAUGCAAAAAUCUGUAGAGCAUCUUCAAAGAUCCUUAGCAAUUUUUAAACAAUAGCACUUCAUACGUAUCAGUCUUUACCAAAAGUUUCUUAAAUGUUCACCUGUUUUUGUGAUUAAGUGGGCAGCUGUCUGUAGUACAGCUGGUAAAACAUCCCAGAGUAAACCGCAGGAAUCUCCUCCAUGGUGAGGUCGAUCUUGUCGAAUCCCCGCUCCAGGCCGUACAGCAGCAGCCUGGCAAUGCGGGAGGUGAUGGGCGUGGUGCUGCUGGUUUUAGCAAGCUCGCUGACAUCCAGCCACUCACAGCGCAGACACUCCUGCAUGCAGAAGUUGAUGUCGUAUGUGAGUGGACUCAGCCGGCAGAUGACGUACAUGUCCGACAUGCCGAAGGCUCCGGGGUGGUUGUGCUGCUGCCGGAUGCUGAGUAGAGAUCUGAACUCGGAGCGAAUGCCGGUCUCUUCAAACACCUCACGAACGGCAGUGGCUCCUGAGAAAAAAUUAACCAAUACGGAUGAUUAGAAAUAUAUUUAUACUUUUUAACAGACUGACUUUUAGGUGUGUGUGUGUGUGUGUGUGUGUGUGUGUGGUGGGGGGUGGGGGGUAGGAAAAACAAGUUUGAAGCUGCUUUCUGAGUGGAAUCAUGUACAUACUUCUACAGCUGCUUUUUGAGCACAAAGGGUCAAAAGUGUGUAUAAAGUAUAUUAUACUUUCUUAUGUACAGUUCAGAUGAAUGUACCUGUUUAAAAUGCACGAUUGAACUCAAAAGACUUAGCCGGAUGUACUGUAUUAGUUUUCUUCUCUGCUGAUGUGACACUCACCAAUAUUUUCUCCUGGAUCAGACAAACCUCCUGGAAACUUCCAGGCAUUCUUUGUCUGAAAUUUAAAACCAAAGUCACAAUUUACACAAGCAUUAAUGCAGAGGAUGAAUCACAAACAAUAAGUCUUCUGUAGCUCACGUUGGAGCUAAUAAUUAUACAUAGGUCUCAUGUGAACUUUCAGGUGUCAGAUUGAGAUUUUAACCUGGUGAAGUGAUCACUUACUGAUGUUAGUAACAGCGUGCUGCUUGUUAAAUGAUCAAAUCUGUGUGUACAUUUAUUUUUUGGUAAUAAACAAAUGUUGAAUGUUAGUUUGAUUUGUCUUUAUGAGGAACACAAAUGCACUACAGCUUUUUUUUAUGACAAGCUGAGAAAACAAGCAUUAAAUGUGGGCAGUUUUUUCUUAAUGUGCUGAUAGAAACAAAUAAAGAUUGAAUGAAACUUA